AUGCCAAAGAAAUUUGCAAAUGAAAACCCGAAAGUCAUAGCUGCUCGUGAGCGUAAAGCUGCUGCAAAAAAGGAUGAGGAAACUAAGAAACAGAAGGCCCUGGAAGAUGCUUAUUGGGCUGACAAUGAUAAACUGGUGAAUAGGAAACUCCAGAGGAAGGACGAGGAAGAACGAAAGCGAGCAGAGACUUUAAAGCGUAAGGAAGAAAUUCGCAGGCUUGCGGAGGAGGAAAUGAAUGGCCUUGCAUCGAAGUCACCUAAUGCCCAACCGCAGAAAGUUACGAGAGCCACCAUUGAACAACGGAGAGACGGCGAACUGCGCUUACAGUUAGAAGAAGAUAAGCGUUUGAAGUUAGCUGCUGAAAAGAUUGAGGUAGUUGAUCAUCUGGAAGAGAACUUGAAUCAGUUGGAAUUGGACAAGGAAUCUGCAAGGACGGUAUCCGACGCCAUUCGAAUACUGGGCGGCGACCGCGAGGACAUCGACAAUCAUCCAGAGAAGCGAAUGCGUGCUGCUUAUCUCGCAUUCGAGGAAACUAGGUUGCCACGUCUCAAAGAAGAACAUCCGACCUAUCGUCUCUCACAAUUGAAGCAGUUACUCAAGAAAGAGUGGCAGAAAUCUCCUGAGAAUCCAAUCAACGCCAAACUUAUGGCUUUGGCUGCGAAAUAG